AUGGCCUCCAGCUCCGCCAUCAGCACUGAAAAGGCCACCUUGAGCCCAGUACUACAUACCGUGCCACUACAUACCAUGCUCUAUCUCGUAGCAGUGGCCGCUUUCAUAGCUGUACUGUCCGUAGUGGGCGCGUCGCCAGUCGGCUCAACUUCGAACAAUACCGCCUCACAUCAUGGUUCCAAGUGUCACUACCUCCCAGGUGACGCACAGUGGCCUAGCCACACGGCUUGGCACAAACUGAACCAAACACUAGGAGGUAGGCUUAUUCGCGGGGUUCCUUUAGGCAAAAACUGCCACGAACCCAAGAUAAAUAGUAGAGAAUGCUCCAAAAUUCGGAGUGAGUGGACGCUGCUAGAGCCGUUUGUAAAUGACCCCGUCAAUAUCAUGUCUCCUUACUGGAACAAUAAUUCCUGCAGCCCGUUCCUAGAUCCGGAAAUGCCCUGCACCUUGGGCAAUCUCGCGUCCUACGCUAUCGAUAUUAGGUGCGCUGAAGAUGCCAUUACAGGCAUCCGGUUCGCAGAGGACAAUAAUAUACGCCUCAGCAUCAAGAAUACGGGACACGACUUUCUAGGACGCUCCUCCGGUAGGGGAUCGCUGGCACUGUGGAUGCACAAUCUAAAGCAAGUGGAAUUUUUCGACUACGCCAGUCCGCUCUACACCGGGCCGGCUGUCCGCGUGGGCGCCGGCGUCGAGUACUCGGAAGUGUACAUGGCAGCCAGCGCUCGCGGAUAUCGAGUCGUCGGUGGCUCUUGUCCCACCGUUGGACUGGCUGGUGGUUUUAGCCAGGGCGGUGGCCAUGGGCCCCUUGGUGCGGCAUACGGCCUCGCUGCUGACCAGGUCCUGGAAUGGGAGGUCGUGACGGCCUCGGGCGAGCAUCUGGCGCUCACUGGCCAUGGUGAGCACGCGGACCUUUUCUGGGCGUUGAGUGGCGGUGGAGGCGGCAACUUUGCCGUGGUCCUCUCCAUGACGGUCCGGGCACACGCCGACGGUCCCGUAGUCGGCGCCGGCUUCUCCUUUACCAACCCCGGUAACGACGCGGUGUUCUGGGGCGGCAUCACGGCGUGGCUACGGCACUUGCUCGUCUUGCAUGCUUUUCAUAGGGGCAUCACCACCGUCUUUGCAAUCACGGCCAAGGCGUUUGCGCUUGAGUUUGCCACACUACCUGACACAAACACAACAGACACUGUUAACGCUGCCAUGGCACCAUUCGUCACCCAGCUCUCCGACCUCAAUAUCUCGUUGGCCGGCAGCUACCGGAGCAAUGUCCAUAAAAACUUUGCCGAGCAUUACAGCCACUGGGCCACGCAGACCUACGCCAGCAAUAUCACCCUCGGCGGCCGCCUCAUCCCGCGUUCAGGAGUGCAGGAUGAGGUUUCGGGGCUCCCCGCGCUUGUUAAUACUUUCCGCGACAUCGCCCACAGAGGCGCGGUUAUCUUGUCUGUCGCUGCCAACGUCACCAAUGUGAACCAUAUCCACAACGCUGUUUUGCCCUCCUGGCGUGACUCGCUCUUCACCACAACCUUUGCGAGAUCGCUGCCCCAGGAGUCCACAUGGGAUAAUAUCCUCGCAGACUACAGGCAGCUCAACGCGUGGCAGGAGGACCUCCGCGCUAUCACGCCUGGGGCAGGGACGUAUAUGAAUGAGGCGACGUGGGAUAACCCGCAUUGGAAGGAGGAUUAUUUCGGCUCGAAUUACAACGAGUUGUUGGCAGUCAAGACCAAGUAUGAUCCAAGGCACGUGUUUUGGGCCAAUGCCGCCGUUGGGAGCGACGAGUAUUGGAAGGCUACCGAGGAUCGGAGAUUGUGCCGUAUUUGA